AUGUGCACACUGAAAUCAGGUCGAUAUUUUGCAUUUAUAUUCAUCUGUUUUGCAAUCAUUCAUAGCAUUGCGCUUGGCUCUUCUUUCAAUAUCCAGCCAACAUUAGGAUGUGUUCUAUCGAAUUAUGCAGCGGUUCAGUACACAACAUUUCUCCUUUAUCCAAUUUUAGCUGGGUUACUACCAAUGGUCAUUGCAUCAUCAUUUAGUAUCUUAGCUUAUCGUAAUGUUCGUCAUAUAGUUCGACGACAAUUACCCAUUGUUCGUCGUAAACUAGACAAACAAAUAACAGCAAUGGUUCUUAUGCGUGUAAUUGCGUUUGUUUGUUUAUUAUUACCUUAUAUUACUUAUCGUAUUUAUACCAUUAAUUUUCCUACAUCACGAAGUGUGCCUAUGGCAUAUGCAAUUAGCCGAUUGAUUCAAGCAAUAUUUCUUUCUAUUAGCAAUAUAAAUUUUGCCAUCAGCUUUUACAUAUUCACAAUAUUCUCAUCACGUUUUCGUCGUCAAGUAAAAUUUGUUCUAAUAAAAAAAUGUUGGCAACGAUGGAAACAUUGGUGUUGUCACAUAAAUAAUCGAAUUGAACCUGACAACAAUAUCCAAGAACGUAAUUCACAAAUGGAAUCUGAAGAAACUGUCUAA